UUUUUCUUUUCUUUUCCGUUUCCUCUCAUUUUCUUCUCUUCAUCUUCAUCAAUUCCGUCACCGGGCGUAGAAUUAAAUGCUCUCAGACACCAUUAACGGCUCUCCAUUUCCUCUUCCGUAACAGUAAUGCGAUCUUCUUCCAUCACCAUCACCGAUUACCUUCCCCAUUCGCUCUCAACGCCACCACCCGGAAACCCUGAACAAAGCCGACGCCGACUCGAUUGAAUUCUGACCGGAGAGAGAGAGGAUGGGGUUCUUCAGUAUGAUCUUCGGCUUCGUCGGCUUCGGAGUCGGGAUUUCGACGGGCAUUGUGAUCGGUUACUUCCUCUUCAUCCACUCCGUUCCAAGCGAUGUCAAGGAUCCUGAGAUUCGUCCGUUAGCUGAGCAAGACGACGAGACUCUCCAGCGGAUGUUUCCUGAGAUUCCACCUUGGGUGAAAAAUCCUGACCACGAACGUAUUGAUUGGUUGAACAAGUUUAUUGAGUAUAUGUGGCCUUACCUGGAUAAGGCCAUUUGCAAGACCGUUCAGGAAAUCGCAAAGCCGAUAAUCGCAGAGCAGAUUCCAAAAUACAAGAUAGACUCUGUCGAAUUCGAAACACUUACACUCGGGUCGCUGCCACCAACUUUUCAAGGAAUGAAAGUUUAUGUGACUGAUGAGAAGGAGUUGAUAAUGGAGCCAUGCAUCAAGUGGGCUGGAAACCCUAAUGUCCUUGUUGCUGUUAAAGCAUUUGGAUUGAAAGCAACAGCUCAAGUUUUGGAUCUGCAAGUUUUUGCUUCUCCCCGUAUAACUCUGAAACCCUUGGUUCCUAGCUUCCCCUGCUUUGCCAAUAUCUACGUUUCCCUAAUGGAGAAGCCUCAUGUGGACUUUGGACUCAAGCUUGUGGGAGCUGAUCUUAUGUCAAUUCCAGGAGUCUACAGACUUGUUCAGGAGAUAAUCAAAGAUCAGGUUGCAAACAUGUACCUGUGGCCUAAAACCUUGGGAAUUCAAGUCCUAGAUGCAAACAGAGCCUUGAAGAGGCCUGUUGGAAUCCUGACAGUGAAAGUCCUGAGAGCAAUGAGGCUAAAGAAGAAAGACCUACUCGGUGCAUCAGACCCAUAUGUGAAACUGAAGUUAUCUGAGGAUAAGGUACCAUCCAAGAAGACCACAGUAAGGCACAAGAACUUGAACCCGGAAUGGAACGAGGAGUUCAGCAUGACCGUUCGGGAUCCCGAGACCCAGGCUCUUGAGCUCCAUGUGUAUGACUGGGAGCAGGUUGGCAAGCAUGACAAGAUGGGGAUGAACCUAGUCCCCCUGAAGGACAUUCCACCAGAAGAGACCAAAGUCAUGACACUCGACCUACUAAAAACCAUGGAUCUGAACGACCCCCAGAACGAAAAAUCGAGAGGCCAGAUCGUCGUUGAACUUACUUACAAGCCAUUUAAGGAAGAGGAAAUGCCCAGUACCUUUGAGGAGAUGCAGACCGUGGAGAAGCCGCCAGAGGGAACUCCUGCUGGUGGAGGAUUGCUUGUGGUCAUAGUUCAUGAAGCUCAAGAUGUUGAGGGAAAACAUCACACCAAUCCCUGUGUCAGAAUUACUUUCAAAGGAGAGGAGAAAAGAACCAAGCCAAUAAAGAAGUGCAGAGAUCCAAGGUGGGAGGAGGAGUUCCAGUUUAUGCUGGAAGAACCUCCAACCAAUGAGAAGCUGCACGUAGAAGUUACGAGUAGUUCUAAGCGGAUGGGCAUGCUUCAUCCGAAGGUAUAUAUACAUAGAUUCGUCGUCAAGGAAUGUUUGGGGUAUACGGUGAUCAAUCUGGCAGAUGUCGUGCACAACAAGAGGAUCAACGAGAAGUAUCAUCUUAUAGACUCGAAGAAUGGGAAGCUUCAGCUGGAGUUGCAGUGGAGAGCUGCUGCUCAGUGAUGUUUCUUUGUUCUCUUCUCUUCUCAUAACUAUACUUUUGUUUUUAUGGGUUUGCGAUACCGAUGAUGAUAGGAAUACGGUUUAUUUUUAUGAAUGAUAGGAAUACUUUUAGAAUCGAAUGGAAAUUCCAUUUUUUUCCAUUUUUGGCACUAUGUAAAGCGGACACAGAAACAUAUACUAAUAAAAAGAUGGAGAAGGGAUUUGCGUA